UGUCAAAAGAGGAUAAAAUAACAACACCACGUUGAGUCAUUUGUUUGGGAAAAGAAGGGGAUAGCAUUUUCGAUCACAAGUAUCAAUUUUACCGCAAGGCCGGCGCCUCUUUCAGGCAGCAUAAUUGGUCAAUUUAACAGCUAUUUCGCAAUAACACGAAAUUGUCGGUCGUGUCGGUUACUCAUAUAUUAAUAGCAUAAUAAAUACUCUUUUUGUUAUAUACAUCACAUGAUAUGAAAUGCUUCAUCUUACGAUAAGGCUUUUAUGAGACAAGUCGCAUUUUGCAGCCUGCCUUAUCAACGCAAUAAACGACGAUGGUGCGCUCUGGCUUAAAACUAUGGAAUAUUGUACCGGCAAUACACAUAACUGUACACUGUAUAUAAAAGAAAUUUACCACUUAAUACUCUAAACUGUCACUUAUAAGCCCCCCGGUUAAAGGCCCAUUUACCUCUAAACAAAACACUACUUCCGAUUAUAAGCCCUACGGAUAUAAGAUCCCCUCUAGUUUAAAAUAACAUGAAUUCAAUUAUUAUGCGUUCAAGCUUAAUUAAAAACCAGUAAAUGAAAACCGUAUUUCGAUCAACAUUGUAACUCAUUUCGAAACGUUUUUUUUAUUCCGCUUAUAAGCUCACCCGGAUAUAAGCCUCUCCGUUUAUAAGCCCGUCCAAAGUUGUAUAAGCCCAGUGCUCAUACAAUGUAAGUGGUAAUCUGGUUUAUCGAGGAAAUGAAUCAAUUACGUGGGAUGUUCCAAGUUUAAUCAUACUUUGUCUUUUUCGAUUUACAAACAUCUCGUAUUGGUAAUCUUGCCAGGCAACACCCUUGCGCAAUACUUGUCAUGUUCCUUCGUGCGAAAUAAGACAUUUUAAAAACGUAACGUAGUCCACGACAAAAUGCCAACGUCUAUCACCACAAUAACUCGCUAUGGAUAAAGUGAGAUAUAUUAAGAAAAUGCAUUCUGCAAUAUUUAAACUAAUAAAUGUGAAAAUGAUUGACAACGCGAAAGCCAGUUUCCGAUGCCUGUGUUUAUAUCUGUCAAACUUUAAUAAUAUCAGUUAAAAAAAAAAAAACAUCAGUUCAAAACAGCCGCGAGAAUAGAGUGCUUUUCGAAAAUCUAUUAUUUUCAGUUAAAACAGUUUAGCUUUUAAUUAAAGACUAGCUUUCUAAUCAGCUUCAUGUUUGGUUAAAACUUGAAGCAGCCAACAAGUUUUCUGUUUUUCCACUGAACGUGUUUGUAAUGAACACUAAAGUUUACAAAACAAACAGUAAUAUUUAGUAAUACCUAUAGGUUUUAUAGUUACAUACGGAAACGACUCUCCAAUAUGCAUGAAAAUGAACUAGUUUCGAACUAAUUUCACCAAAUUCAUUACUUCGUUGAACACACAAUUAUAACUGUUCAAACUGCAAUGUUGCUCAGUUUCGUUUCUAUACGCGGAAAUAUUUGACGCGCUCGCAUAAGGCUCUACUUCGAUUCCAUUGUAAAAGAAAGCAAUUUAACUUUUUCCAUCCGCGAAAAGCAAACAUCACCCUAAUGAAUACUUCAAAUUUUGUUUGCAUAAAAGUCCUGUUAAAAAUAGUAAUUGCUAUAAGAAGGCUGGACAUUGGAGUUGGCAAGAACGGGUGGGCUUUUACUUGCGCUGAAGAUCGGCUGAAAGAAAGACGGUCGUCUCUUUGUUGCGACGUGACACACGCGCAACAAGCUGACAAUACUUGGCCAUUUGUAAUUGAAGGCAAUUUAGCUUUUCUAUUCUUUGAAAACAAACAACGCUCGUUUAUUGAAACUCACAGGAUGCAAAUAUCUGUUUACAUUAAUAUCCUUUUAAAGAUAAGACAGUUUCAUGUCGCGCGCACGAAUGAAAAGAACUGCACAACGUUUUGCGAAGGAUAGCUUAAUCUACUGUGCACGCUGGACUACUAAACAUGCCUGGGGGAUUUGUUCAGACGAAAAGCCCAUAGACAUAUUCAGUUUGUGUUUCAACUGAGCAGCCGACAGGCAGUAGAACAAAAGAAACUUCAAGGAUAUUUACUUGAAAAACAUUGCUUCACUUCUGGGGCCGAAAACAACAAGACCUUCCAAGGCGAGGUGUGCCUCUUACAGGCAAACAAAAUUUACAAAUAAUUUGCUGGACGUUUGCUAAAGAAAAACCGAGGAACAAAAAAUCAAAACGCUAAAACAUGGCCUACAACAAGACCAGCAAUGUCACAGUCGAUGAACUAGAAGAUAUGGAUGAGCCACUCUUCACGAGCGAUAAAACCGGCGCGUUCGUCCUCUACGGAUUGCUUUCUUUCUUCAUCGUCGUAGCAAACAGCCUGAUCCUCUUGCUAAUCUGGCGAAAGAGACGUCUUCGCACCACGUCCAACAUGAUCCUUGCUAGCCUUGCAACGAGCGAUCUUUUGACGGGGUUGCUGGCGGUGCCGAUGGUGAUUGCUUGCUCGGCGACGUUACAACGCGAAGUGUGCAUCGCCAUGGACAUCUCGAAUCGUUUCCUGGCUUUCUCGUCCGUCGGUCACCUUAUUCUUUUAUCCAUCGACCGCUACAUUAGAGUCACAAAGCUACUGCAGUACCCAAUAAUUGUGACCCCGGAGAGACUCAGAUGGGCGCUGGGUUUUGCCUGGGUGUUCGCUCUGCUAGCAUCCAUGAUACAGCUCUCUUGGAUUCUGACAACGCUGGAUGAAGAAGCAUUGAUUCGCAUUGAGCUGGGCUACGAUUUCUUCCAUAUGGCCGCCCUUGUCGUUGUUCCCCUGUUCUUGAUGGGCGUUAUCUAUACCAGAAUCUUAAUAAGCCUACGCAGGCACAGAAACACAAUCCACAGCGAACUCUCCGGGCGCUCGGCGUCACGGGUUAACGCAGGAAGGCGAAAGGUGAACGAAAAGAAAAUUGCUUUGCUGUUCAUUGCAAUGAUCACCGUCUUCAUCUGCGGCUUAUUUUUCUACUUUCUCUGGGCGCUUAUGGAGGACAUGGAGGUAGCAGGGCUUUAUAGCAUAUCGCCAAAGGCAAUGAACAUGAUUGUAACAAGCAUAAUUUUUUUCCGUUUUCUAACCGCGCUGUGCAACCCCCUUCUAUGCACGUUCAUGAAACAAGACUUUUUGAACGCUUUGAAAACCUUUUCCACUGGAUUACGUGAUCGCUCCUCAACUAUGUAAGACAUCGGUAAGGUCACAAAGGGUUUAAAUGGGAUUAGAUCUGUAAACUGUAUUCCACAUAAAAAAAUACUGAGAUUAGCUUGUGAUUACGAGAUUUAAAUGCAAUCGAUUCAACGCACUGGACUUUUCUUUCUCAAUUAGUGGACGCCGUUGUGUACAUAUUAAUAACAAAUAUGUUUGUUCAAGAGACAACAUUAAUUCAGAUUAUUCACCGCUCUUGUUUUAAAAGUGUAAAGCCUGGGUGUGUUAUUGUGUACUGAAAAGAAAACUUUGAACAGUGAUUAGAUAAUGUAUGUAGGGUGAAGCUAGACCAGAGGACGAUGUUAUAAACUGCGACUUGACAUAGAACGUCACCAAGGGACCGCUAUUAGCAAAAUGUAUAUACGAAAAUAUAAAAUGAGACGUAUAUAUUAUGUUACUAAACAAAUGGGAAUAAAACACUUGUGAUUAAGGAGCAAAGACUAUGAAUAAACUAAGUUUGUAUACCGUACUAAUGGUGCUUUUGUGUGAUUUGCAGUGUUUACACUACGUGCUCUCGUCACUGAAACAGCUAAUUUGUCGGUGAAGUUUAAUUGGCGUUUGGAGGGAGGGGGCGAGAGUGUGGAGAGAAGAACUGCGCAAAGUCAAUCAGUCUUCUAUCCCGCGAAAGAUUAGGUUACGCUAGGAUUGCCCCUGCAACGCUCUCACUAAGAAGCUUCCGGCCCGGUCCACACUACGUCGGCGUUGGAGAAAUUUGAAAACGGUGUUUUCACUCAGAAAAUGCAUCAAAUGUUUUCCG